AACUUGGAGCUGCAGAGGCGCUGCUGCCCGGGUCUCUGCUGCUCCGGUGCCCCGUGGCUCGGCAGCGCGGAGCUGUCGGGAGCCCUGGCCAUGGGGCAGCCCUUGCCCUCCGCCGUGUGAGGCCCGGGGCCUCCCGCGGGCUCCCCGAGAGGCCGAGGGCGGGCAGGCGGGCAGGCGGGCAGGCGGGGGGCGUCGUUCCCGCUGCGGGCUCGGCUGCUGCCGGCCGUGCCCCCGGCAUCAUGAACAUAGACGUGGAGUUCCACAUCCGGCACAACUACCCCUGGAGCAAGUUGCCGGCCAACGUGAGGCAGAGUCUUGGAAAUUCACAGAGAGAAUAUGAAAAGCAGGUUGUCCUCUACAGUAUCCGCAAUCAGUUACGAUAUAGAAACAACUUAGUUAAACACGUCAAGAAAGAUGAACGCAAAUAUUAUGAGGAACUGCUAAAGUAUAGUCGUGAUCACCUCAUGCUGUACCCUUACCAUCUGUCAGAUAUUAUGGUAAAGGGCCUGAGGAUAACACCGUUUUCAUAUUAUACUGGGAUCAUGGAGGACAUUAUGAACAGUGAGAAAAGUUAUGAUUCAUUGCCCAAUUUUACUGCUGCUGACUGUCUAAGACUUCUUGGCAUAGGAAGAAACCAGUACAUUGAUCUGAUGAAUCAGUGUCGUUCAUCAAAAAAAUUUUUCAGAAGGAAAACAGCUCGUGAUCUUCUACCAGUAAAGCCAGUAGAGAUUGCCAUAGAGGCGUGGUGGGUGGUGCAGGCUGGAUAUAUCACAGAAGAUGACAUAAAGAUAUGCACUUUGCCUGAGAAAUGCGCUAUUGAUAAGAUCAUCGAUGCAGGCCCUCAGCUCUCUGGAUCGCUAGAUUACAAUGUAGUACAUAGCUUAUAUAACAAAGGAUUUAUUUAUCUGGAUGUACCGAUAUCUGAUGACAGUUGUAUAGCAGUUCCUCCUCUUGAAGGUUUUGUAAUGAAUCGGGUACAAGGUGAUUAUUUUGAAACUCUACUCUAUAAGAUAUUUGUUUCAAUAGAUGAGCAUACUAAUGUUGCAGAGCUUGCAAAUGUCCUUGAAAUAGACUUAUCCCUAGUUAAGAACGCUGUUUCAAUGUACUGCCGAUUGGGCUUUGCCCAUAAGAAGGGACAAGUAAUAAAUUUGGAUCAGCUUCAUUCAUCGUGGAGGAAUGUUCCAUCUGUAAACAGAUUAAAGAGUACUUUAGAUCCACAAAAGAUGCUGCUAUCAUGGGAUGGAGGGGAAAGUAGGAGUCCUGUACAAGAAGCUUCGUCAGCUACUGACACGGAUACAAAUAGUCAAGAAGAUCCAGCUGACACAGCCAGUGUAAGCAGUUUGAGUUUGUCUACAGGAUACACAAAGCGUAUUGCUUUUCUAUUUGACUCAACUCUUACUGCCUUUUUAAUGAUGGGAAAUCUUUCACCAAAUUUAAAAAGCCAUGCAGUCACGAUGUUCGAAGUUGGCAAACUCUCGGAUGAGUCUCUGGACAGCUUUCUUAUAGAACUAGAGAAGGUUCAGAGCACUGGUGAAGGAGAAGCACAGAGAUAUUUUGAUCAUGCACUUACUCUGAGAAACACAAUAUUGUUUCUGCGUCAUAAUAAAGAUCUAGUUGCACAGACUGCACAGCCAGACCAACCCAAUUAUGGUUUUCCUCUGGAUCUCUUACGCUGUGAGAGCCUCCUUGGUCUGGACCCUGCAACCUGCAGCCGAGUUCUCAACAAAAAUUACACACUGCUCGUGUCCAUGGCUCCUCUCACCAAUGAAAUCCGGCCUGUGAGCAGCUGUACCCCUCAGCAUAUUGGACCAGCUAUCCCAGAAGUCAGUUCUGUCUGGUUUAAACUGUACAUUUAUUACAUCACUGGUCAAGGACCACCAUCUCUUUUAUUGUCCAAAGGUACAAGACUUCGAAAACUACCAGACAUAUUCCAGGGUUAUGAUCGAUUACUAAUAACAUCUUGGGGUCAUGAUCCUGGGGUAGUUCCUACAUCAAAUGUGCUGACGAUGUUGAAUGAUGCUUUGACACAUUCGGCAGUUUUGAUUCAGGGGCAUGGUUUGCAUGGGAUAGGAGAAACUGUCCACAUACCAUUUCCAUUUGAUGAAACAGAACUACAAGGAGAGUUUACUCGUGUCAAUAUGGGCAUUCAUAAAGCUUUGCAGAUAUUGAGGAACAAAGUGGACUUACAGCAUUUUUGUGGAUAUGUCACCAUGUUGAAUGCUUCUAGCCAGCUUGCAAACAGAAAACUCAGUGAUGCUUCUGAUGAGCGAGGAGAACCUGAUUUGGCUUCUGGUUCAGACGUAAAUGGGAGUACAGAGUCAUUUGAAAUGGUCAUUGAGGAAGCAGCUAUAGACUCAGCAGCAAAACAAAACUCUGCCUUCAGAACCUCUUACAUUCCAGUAGAAAACUGUCUCUACAAGUCCUUAACUUUGUUCACUCAUUCCAGGAAGGUGCUUCAACACUGGAUGUUCCCACUGAGGCCAGCUUUUCCAGUGUGCUCUCGCAGUCCUCCUGUGCUGACGCAGGAGUUCCACUUCCUGCAAAGAACUUAAUCUUUAAAGAUGGCAUCUUAUCAGAAUGGAGUGGACGGUCACCUUCCUCGCUUCUUACUGCUAAUCUCCAUUUGCAAUAAUUCGGUUCCACCAUUUGUUGCUCACACUUUCUGCCUUUUUUCUUUCUUAACGUUAGCUUUAUAGUGCCAGCCACUAAAAAGCAUCCUGCUGCUGCAGUGCAAUUCACGCCCAACCGAUGUUAAAAGAUUGGGGAAACAUGUUCACGUUUUUUCAAGUUUUCCUCAUUAUUGCACCUCCUAAGGCAACAAAGAGCUUUUUAGCAGCCUGCACUGUAUUUUUUACCUUGAGACAAUCUGCAUUUCUUUUAUAAAACUGAGGAUAUACUUUAUAGGCUUUAUGAUGACUGUUAUGUUUAUAAGCAGUCACUAUGAAUAUUGCAGUGGUAAUUUUAUAUGUUAGUUUAUCAAACAUAAAUCUUGUUUAAUUUUAUAUUUUGUUACCUACUCUCUAGGGGAUCAUGGAAGAGGUGGAACUCUUCCUCUGAAAAGGCUUCUUGGUACUUAAAGUAGCAAAACUAUAAAACAAUAAACAUCCAGUUUUGAGAGAUGAUAUGAUGGGGCAUUAAGAAUUUCUGUGGCUAUCUGUAAAUUAUGUACAUGAGUUGAACAUUGUUGAAAGUAUGUAAAUCAGCAUAGUUAUGUAUAAUUUAACCUUGAUUUAUAAGAUCUUAACUCAGACUAUGACUAUACAUUGACAUCUCAUGAGAAGCUUUGGAAAACAUUCUAUUUUUAAACCAACAUUUGUAUGUGGACUUCUGUUGUCACUCACUUUGGGCUUUAUAUUUUCAUAGAGUCUUUAUGGAAAAAUAGAAUUUAUUUUCCACUCUUGUAACUGUGGCUGCUGCACGUUUUCACCCAGACUGAUUUUUUGUUUAGUAGCUUUACCAAUGAAUUGUUAUGAAAUUGAAUUUGAUGUUUUGAAACCAAGGAUUGUGAUUUUAUAGGUUAGAAUUACCUAUUAGAGGUAUUAAGGCUAUGUCUUCUGAUCAGAAACACUUUGGUGAUAAACCUCCUUUGAAGAUAUUCUUAAGCAAUCUGGAUCUUAAAUUUAUGUGAAUAGUUUUGGAGGAACUGAUAAAGAAAAAUUGAGUAAUUUUAAAAUGUUUCUUGAGUCAUUGAUUCUUUUAGAUCUCAAAUGUUAAUUAGAAUAAUUGGAAUCACUUUCUAGAUUUUUUAAGUUACCUUCCUUGGGAAGUUUGUGCAGUGUUAUAGUUUAGUGUAGCUCUUCUCAUAGGAUAAUGGUUUGCUUGUUUAAAACUGUAACCAAACUAACUGGUCAAACAACAUAUAUCUAAAACAUUUAAAGCAUUAGAGAAUUUGGGAAUGUUAUAACCUAAACAUUUUUGCUGAUAAUUUUGUUAUUUAUAGAAUUGGUAUUUGUGUAUUUAACAUACUACUGGAAAUAUAUGCCUUUCUUAAAACUGUUAACAUAACCAUUCAUUCAAUACAAUGGCCUACCUAUAGAAUUGAAUAUCUUGGAGCAGGUUACCUGUGGCACACAGUCAGUGCCGUGUUUUGGGUAAGUGCAGUAACGUUUCGUUUUCUACUUUGUCUUAUAUGAGGUAGAAAUCAAGUGUAUGUUAUAAAUGUUUGUCUGUAAAAGGCAAAAUACAUACUAAUAUUAAAAUAAUUUCUUAUGACUGUGAAUCACUCAUUUAUUUUUCCAAUAAUUGAUAUUGUACAUUCCUAGUACUAUUAGGUAUGUAUGUAACUUCUACAGUUUUUCAACCGAAAGUUGUAAGUAUUUCAACUUGAUCAGGGCUCUUUAAUCUCAUUUUCAUUUGCUUUGUUUAUAUUAACUGUAGUUAUUUUAUUUAUUCCUGUAUUAACAAUCUAAGCCUACUGUAAUGACAUGUACACUAAUAAAGAAUCGAAUAAUUUGUAGUUGGCAGUGAACCCAGUUGGUGGUGAAUUGAAAACUUAAAAUAUGGGAGUGAUUUGCUGCUAUAUUUCCUUUGAGAGAUAAUGGGGAAAGAAUUAGAACCUAAUAAUGAUCAUGAAUUUUAGGGAAAGUACUGGAAAAACAGGUGGACAACUCUGGUUUUUCUCCUGUGAAUGAGGAAAGGUUCUGAUUCCCAGUUGAAAACCUCUCAUAGUUUUAAGGAGGGAGAAUCUGCUUUUUAGAGCUGUUAGUAAAAUGUGAAAGCUGCUUUUGUGCUUUGCUUUAUGAACUUGGCUUUGUUUCAUCCAUAUGUUAACUCAUCUCCUAAUCUUAGAACUGUCGAUCCCAUUCAACAAACCGUUAAAUUUUAAGAGUAGACUUUAUUUGCCAAAGAAGACUUAUGAAAGAAUUUUAAAGUAAUUUCAUUUGGCUUUGUGCUACCUCCCUUUCUGUUCUCCCCUUAAUGUCCUUAAACCAUGGGAUACAUUCUUUAGAAACCAAGAGAAAAAGAAAUAUCAAAAAGGACACAGAAUUUAGUAUGAUACACCUCCCAGGUGGGUCUAAAGGAAUGCAACUUUAUGUCGUUUAAAAACAUAUCUGAUUUUCUCGAUUCCUUUCUUUCAUUUUAAAUAUGUAAUCAGCUGGUUUUAUAUUCAUUUUCUGGAGAAAUACCAGGUUUUUUUACUCGAUGUUGUCAAUCUUCUCUGCCAUUCAUUGUUUCUAUUUUAUGUUCAGUGUUUCAAAUACAGUUUGUAUUUAAAGAUUUUAAAGUACCAAAACUCUGUAACUGAGUACAGUGGAUUGUUUUCUGGUAUGAUGUUAAUAUUCUACAACAAAAUGUAUAAAGUGUUGUCAAUUUGAUUAUUGACACAUAUAAUAUGUUUACAAAUAAACUGUGGUGUUGAUCAAAUUACUGCGAAAA